AUGAUUCAUCAUUAUGAACCACUUUCUGUAGAUUCCGAGAGACCUACAUCAAGAAUGAGUUACACGAAACAACUUCAUGAUAUUACUAAUAAUAUACAAAUCUCACGAUCUGGUAAGAAGAGAAGACUAUUGAAUAAUGUAGAUGUAGCAAGAAUUGCAAAUAGACAAAGGAAGCAAUUUCAAGAUUUGAAAGAUACUAAAGAAUUGAAUGCAAAUAUAAUUAAAAUUGAUAGAAAUAUUGAAAAAUAUCAAAAUAGACUAAUACCUGAAAUACAAUAUAAUAUAUCAAAACGUCAGUCAAUGAUAAAUAAAAUACUAAAUAAGGCUAAUGAUAAUUCGAUGACAAUUGAACAAACUGGACUCGAUAUUAAAAAAUUACAAACCGAUAUUGAAAUUGAAAUUGAUCAAAUAAAUAAAAAAUUUCAAGAUCAAUUGAUUGAAAAAAAUGAACAACAUAUUAAAGAUAUGGAAUCUCUUAGGAUAAUAAAAGAAAAAGAAAUUAAUGAUUUGAAUAAGAUACCACCAAAGGAAAAACUUUUAAAAGAUAUUGAUGAUUUUGAAGUUCAACUACAAAACUUAGAACAAAAAUUAAAUGCACUAGAAAAAUCAAAUGAAAUGUUUUCAACUGAGUUAGAUGAAAGACUUGAUACGGAAUUCCAAUUAUUAAGAGACACGAAGAACAAAAAAUUAGAUGAAUCUAAGAAAGAAACUGAAGAGAUACAAUGGAAAUUAGAUGAAAUUAAAUUUAAAAUACAGGAUUCUAAUUUUAAUACUUCUGUAUUAGAGACAGAUAUCGAAAAAUUGAAUAAAGAGAAUAGGAUUCUACAAGAUGAUAUUAACUCAAUCGAAAAAUCAAGCAUCCUACCUGAACAAAAACUAAAAUUAUUGAAUAAAGAAGCAGAUGAGAUUAAUCAGGAGUACAAUGUCCUUUUGGAGUUGGAGAAAUUAGAGAAUGAAAAUUUGGAUGUUCAUUAUGAUAUUCUUAAUAAAGAUAUUCAAAAAAGGAAAAUGCUACAAAAUAGAAUAGAUGAAUUAAAUGGACACAUCCGAAUAUUUGGAUUAAUAGAAGAAAAUGAAUCACAACUAAAUUACGAUUUAGAACAUAAUUCAAUCUGCGAAUUGAAUGAAAAAGAUAAUAAGAAAUUUAAUUUUAAUAGACUCUAUCAGAAACCAAAUUAUGAUUUUGAUAAACUUUUAAGUUCAGAUAUUAAAAUUUACAGCAAUAUGUGCCUGCAAAAUCAGGAGGAUUAUAAUCUAUUUCACGUAUCUCCAAAUGCAAAUACUGAUCUUCAGCUUACGGUACUGAAGUUUAUUGCUGAGAAUUAUUUGGAAAAAUAUAAUGUCAUGUUCCAAAAUCUAUCUUUAUAUAAUGAAAAAUUUACCAAUGAUAGUCCUUUCUCAAUUCGUGAAAACAAUACGAUUUUGCUCGAUAGAACACCAGUUCAACUAAUAGACACACCAUCUACUUUAGGGGAAGAUAUGAAUGAUGAUGGAUUGAUUCAAUUAAAAGUAUUAAAAAUACAGCUAUCUGAAAAAGACCAUACUGAAAGAUCUAUGGAUUUUUAUUUUUUACAAAUAAAUAACAUGCAAUCAAUGGAGUUGUUACAACGGUUCUUGAAUAAAGAAGAACCUUGGAAUACAACACAGAUUGGGUUAUUUAUCUUAAAAAUAUUGAACUACACUAAAUCAUGUUUUGUUUUUGAUCUGGAAGCUAACAGUGCUGAAAAUGUGAAAACGUUUAUGUUACCAAUCUCUAAAUGUAUCAGUAAGAUAAAGAACCCAUCUAGAAAAUAA